GGUUGAUUUGAUUUCUACAUUUCGCAGUUUGCGGGACUGUGUGCAUACUUUAUUCAUAUAACUGUUUAUUACAUCUAUUUUAACAACAUGCGACUGAUUUUACGGCCUAAAUAGAAACAAAUUGUAAAUUAAUGUUACGGUACGGCCCCAGAAACAGAAAUAGUGAUCAAAUUCAAUUACCUGUCUAUCUUAAGUAGAGAAAACGUGCAUUAAUAAAAUCAAUCAAUAUUUUUGUGCCAUCGUGUUGAAAUAAAUUAAUAAAAAUAAAUUAAUGUGAACAUUUUCCUGUGCUCUUGCAAUUUUUUUCAUAGAUAUGAUUUUUCGUCUGUGGUAUUCCCCAAGGUGAUACUGAUUAGGACAGUGUUUUUUUUUUCGCAAUUGAAGUUUUUUAAUUUUUAAAAUUGUUCUUCGAAGGCAAGGGAAAGUGAUAUUAAACGGAUUUUCCGAUUACCAAAUGAACUCCAACGACGAAAUUCUGCUUUGUAAACCAAGAAAUGAAACAACGCCAUCUACCGUACUAAACUUGAGUCUGCACACGAAUUACAAUUAGGCAUAAAAUGAUACUACAGUUGAUUAUUUGAGGACAGUAUUAAAUACAUUGCUACUUCAGAAAUAAAAUAUGCACAAUUCUCAACAAGAAGUUAGUUUUGAAAUCGCGCCAUCUGUUGUCAAGGAACAGUAUCGAAAUGCUUGCAACUUUCUGAAACGGUACUAAAAGAUGUGUUCAACGCCAUCUAUCGUGUGAACGAGAUGCCACGGCUAAAAUAUGCGUCUGUGGUUCGAGUUUUGGUCAUACUCGGACUGUUUUGUCUGUGGGUACAGAUUAUGCUCUCCGCGUCGAAUGGCGGGAUAUACAGAGAUGGAGACAUUAACCUAGAACCUGAAUUAGCAAUCAGUUAUACCGCCAAUAACGAAAAAAAUAUUAAUUCGAAUAAAGAAGAGCUGAUGAACGCCAACGAAACGUCGGAACAGGUCCUCGCUUUGGUGCCGCCUGAACUUCAUAAGUAUCUGACGGUGCAUCCCAAAAAUAUAAGUGCAAACUCAACGGAAAAGGCAGGGCCGAAGAAUGUAACGGAAAUAAGGAAACUGAUAGAGAGGUACAACGAUGCACAAAUAAUACACAACGAGGACAUAUUCGGCCCUGUACAGAAUGACACCAUCAUAAUUGCUGUUCAGGUCCACACGCGGCUCACUUACCUCAGACACCUGAUAGUGUCCCUCGCGCAGGCGCGGGACAUCGAUAGAACCUUGAUCAUUUUCUCUCACGACUAUUACGAUGAGGAAAUAAACAAUCUAGUAAAAAGUAUUGACUUCACAAAGGUGAUGCAAAUAUUUUACCCGUAUUCAAUACAAGUGCACCCACACGAGUUUCCCGGUAUGGACCCAAACGACUGCCCCAGAGAUGCGAAAUUUGAACAAGCUAUAAAAUUAAAAUGCAACAACGCUUUACACCCGGAUUUACACGGCCACUACAGAGAGGCGAAAUAUACACAGACGAAACACCAUUGGUGGUGGAAAGCCAAUAGGAUUUUCAACCAGCUCCAGUGUACUGCUGGUCAUACUGGUAUGGUAGUCUUCCUUGAGGAAGACCAUUACGUGGCUGAGGACUUUAUCCACAUGCUCCACUUGCUUCGAGCGACUGCUGACAAGAGUUGUCCCCAGUGCGAGAUUUUAUCUUUGGGUACUUAUCUGAAGACUUACCAAUACCAUGUCAACGGAGACAAGAGAAAGAAGCAACUAACGCUCAGCUACAUCCAGCAAGUGAAAGCGGCCAACGAAGAGAGGCGGAGGAGGCAACAGGAGACGCAAACAUGGAACUUUCAAGUGUACCCGAACAUCUACUCGGCCACGCAAAAGGUGGAAAUCACACCGUGGCAUUCCAGCAUGCACAAUAUGGGUUUCGCGUUCAACAGAACAGUGUGGAACUACAUAAUGGAGCUGCAAGAUCAAUUUUGUGCGUACGACGAUUACAAUUGGGACUAUUCCCUCUUGCAUUUGUCACAGAAUAGGCCAGGACGGGAGAAGUUCAAAGUUAUCUUGUGUAAAGGGCCUCGGGUGUUCCAUAUUGGUGAAUGCGGUUUCCACCACAAAAAAUCCAACUGUAACGCAUCGACAGUCAUCAGUAAAGUGCAAAAGUUAUUGCAAAACGCAAAAUCGUACAUGUACCCGUCAAGAGUGACUGCUACAAUCACUGCUGGUGGUACGAAACACAAUAAGAAACUGGUGAAAGGAAACGGCGGAUGGGGUGAUAUUAGAGAUCAAGAGCUGUGCGCCAAUAUGACGAGAAUAGGUCGACAGAACAGAAAAUAUGUGUAUUUUACGUAAGAUUUGUAAAAGGGUCCUAAGUAUUAGACCAAAUUUAGGAUAACCAACCAUUCAAAACCGACCGUAACCGAAGUGUGUAAAAAUGUUUGAAAUAUAGUAUUCAAGUGACGGAAAAAAACUUAAAUUAAAAAAAAAAAUUAGACGAAUGUGUAAAAAUUCAAUACACAGUAUUAAAACUGUUAACAGUGUGUAAAAAUCUCAUAGGAUGUAUUUAAAAAUUGCAACAAAUAUGUAAGAAAAAUCUCGAACGUAGUAUUAAAAUGUGACACGAGUGUGUAACGAUACCUCAGUAUGGUAGUAUUAUUUGUAUAUUAGUCUGGUAUUAUUACGUUUACAAGUUCUCUGUAACUUGUAACACUGGUUCCUUGGUUUUUUAAAUGUACAAUUGUGAUCGAAUAAAAAAAAUACUGUUUUUUUUUUUUUUUAAUUACACGAAGUAACGUUGUUUACUUUUUAUUUUAUAUUAAUUUUUUUCUUGUACCAUGUUUUUUUUUUGUUGUUGUCUUUGGUAAAUAAUCUCGACGUGUUCCUUUUUCAAAACAUCACGAUAAGUAGAAGACGUAUUUGACAUAUUUGACGCUUAGUUUUAAUGUAGACUGGGGUUACUCAUUUACCUCGUUUAUCUACUUUUAUGUCUGUGUUCAUUAUAUAUCUUUUGGGUGACUUCUCAAAGUUACCCCCAAAGAUGGCGGGGUCACCGAUCGAUCUAAAAAACCCCAGAUCGAUAAAUUUGCGUACAGGCUGCAUCGGAAUGGAUAUAUCAAGUCAGAAACUAGUUAUUGUUAUGGUAAAACUGGUACUGGCUUGUAAUAUGUCUGUUACGGCAAACCUGUAUAGAAUUACAUCCUUAUUUAUAAAAAGUAAAACAUAUAAACUCGUUUUAAUUAUUGGUGUUUUUUGUCUUUUCUUGUAAUAGUAUUGUGUACUAGUUUUUACUCGUGACUUUGUUUGCGUAAUAAAAAGUACCUUAUGUUUUUCCCCAUCCAAAUUGUACAUAUACUUCUAUUUUAGAUUUCAUGAUGUGUUAUUAAGGCGCCAAGGUAAGAAAGAGGACACAAGGUUGUAGAUAAGAGAGCGACAAAAUGGGAUUACUGGAAGGUAACAUGGAAUAGAAUAGAAUAGAAAAGAUUUAUUUUUAUUUUUUAUUUAUUUACACUUUAUUGCACCAAAUAAAAAGAGAAAUAACAAAUACAGUAAAUAUUAAUGAGAAGUGAUACAAAAGGCGGCCUUAUCGCUAAGCGAUCUCUUCCAGACAACCUUUGGUUAGAGGACAUUGAGAAAAAGACAGUAGAAAAUGCAUAUUUUUUUUUUUUU